CAACCACAACCACAACAACAAACAUACACUCUCUCUUUCACUUUUUCUUUCUCUCUCUAACUUUCGACUCUCUCUCUCUCUCUCUCCACCGUCCUCCGCCGUCAUGAAGCAGUUGAUUCGCCGGCUGUCCCGAGUCGCCGACUCCUCUCAGUACACUCUCCUCCGCUCCGACUCCCAGCGCGGGAGCCGCCGUCCGUGCCGUCGAUCGGAGUCGCUCCGCGCUGCCGCGGCGGCGAAGAUCCGCCGCUCCUCCACGGUGGUGCCGGAAGGACACGUGCCGAUCUACGUCGGCGACGAGAUGGAGCGGUUCGUCGUCGGAGCGGAGCUGCUGAACCACCCGGUCUUCGUGAAGCUUCUGAACCAAUCGGCGCAAGAGUACGGUUACGAGCAACAAGGAGUGCUUCGAUUGCCUUGCCAUGUCUUCGUCUUCGAGCGCGUCCUCGAAGCGCUUCGACUCGGCCACGACACGCGCUACAUCACGGAACUCCUCAGUUCGGAAGAGUUCUGCUAAGGAAAAAAAAAAAUUCCGAGAAAAUCGAACUUGCAUAUGGUAAAUUAGCGAGAUCUCUUUUUCUUUUUUGGUUUCUAUGUAA